AUGGAUUUGUUGGACAGUGUAAUGGAGUUAUUGAAUAAUACUUCAUCGCCUACGAUUAGCAGCGGAGGUAGUAACAUUAGUUCCACAACAACAGCAACGCAUGCCGAAUCCUUAUAUCAACUGCAAUCUGCAAAUGCCAAUAAUUUAGUCCACGAAGCCAUGGCUACAGCAUCACCAGGUGCAGGAGGCGGAGGUGUAGUUGAUGGCGGCGAUGUCAGUGGUGUUGAAGUUGUUGUGACUCAGCAACAACAGCAAACUUUGGAGGAGGCAUUUCUACCACGUCUUGAACUAAAAUUACCCAGAUCAUCGAGCAGCAGUGAGAGUGAGUCAGAGGAGGCCACAAAUCCAACAGCUGGAACAUCGGGCGAUGGCAAUGGCGAAAGGGCGGCUUCGCCUCCCCCAAAUUGUGCCAUUUGUUUGGGUCGAUGCAAAAAUAAAUGUUUUACCGAUUCGUGCAUGCAUCAAUUUUGUUUCAAGUGCUUGUGUGAAUGGAGCAAAGUUAAACCGGAAUGUCCACUGUGCAAGCAAACCUUUAAAUCGAUUAUUCACAAUGUCAAAUCUGAGCAUCAAUUUGAAGAAUACCAUGUCCAGCCGCCUACCGUACAACUUGCUCAAUCACAAUUUGAAAUGGAUCUGACACAGAUGCGUAUCUUUGGUGUUGUUAGUCAAAAGUAAGUAGACUUUGGCCGCAUUGACGCCUGGGAUGAUCGCACAAAUCCCAAUUUUAUGUAUCCCAUUGCUCCGUCAGGAACUGGUGGUGGCAGUAAUAAUCGCUCCAUGCCAGUCGGCAAUUUGCGCAAUCAAUAUGUUUAUCGUGCCGAAUUAUUGGACUUAUAUCGCCAAGAAUAUCCUGAUAGUACUCUAAGCCAAUUGUGGCGUCGUUAUGUUUACGAUCGAAAAUUAUAUGCCCUGCCAGUUUGUGAUAUAACUGGACGUUUUCGUGAUAGCAGUUCUCAGUAUUAUAGGGAUAAUCCAGCACAAAUUCAUCGUUUGAUGCCGUGGAUAAGUCGUGAUUUGCAAUGUUUGCUGCGACAAUCGCAACAUGAUGUCAACACCGUUUUGGAAUCCAUCAACUCAGCCUUAGUUCUCAUGAAUAUCUUAUCGCCGGCGUUUCGUCGUCGUUUGCAGACAUACCUGGGCAAUAAAACUACACACUUCAUACACGAAUUGAACAAUUUUGCUAGAUCGCCAUACGAUAUGAUUGGUUAUGAUAGAGUUGUUGAAUACUCACCACAAUCUAUUGAGGAUGUCGUCAUAGAAUUCACUUCGUCGGAUGAUACAAGUGAUACAGAUGAAAUUGAUGUAGCCGAAGACUCGGUCGCUGCCUCGACAAAUGGUGGGAUUCUUGAUAAUGAUGAUGUUGAAAAUAAUGUUGCAAGUUAUUACAGAGUAUUUAAUACUCAUCUCAACUCUUUUACAGCUAUAAAUUUGACCAUUCAUAACCGUCUAACGUCAAAUGCGACACGUGAUGGAGCAGCCGGUCCAAGUGGCUCGAUGCGUUCAGUUGUUCAAGAUGGUGUUAGUUUGGUCAUCGAUUUGAGAAACGAGCCAGAGGAAAAUGCCUCGGCGGCGGUAGCUGCAUAUGGCAACAACAACAACAACAGUGCGGAAGCUGGAGGUUCUAAUUCAAGUCAGCCAACGGUGACAGAAAACAUCGAACUAACUUCUGGUAGCAGUGAUGAAUGUGAAUUUGUGCUAGAACGCAAACCUCCACAUUUGCGAACACCAGAAAUGGUUAGUUUAACCUCGGCAUCGGAUUCCGAUGUGGUAUUUGUAGAGGAAACGAAACCCUUAAAUAAAACCACAUUCAGUACAAGUGAAGCAGAACCAGACAACGAAGAUGUCUCUCCAGAAAAAGCGAAACGGUCAUCAUCCAGCCGUUCUAAAAUUACAGCCUUAGUUGAAUCCAAAAAACGAAAUCAACAAUCAGCUUCGAAUACAAAUAAAAAUGAAACACAAAAUAAUUCAGAUAUAUACAAUAUGGGAGCUAGCACAUCGGCGGCAUUACGACUAUCGAUACAGCAAAGCAGUGACAAAUCGAGAUUGAGGCGUACUAAAUAUUCCCUGCGUAACACAAGAGCCGAGGCAAAUCAAGUCAAUCCGACAAGACGUCGUGGCAAACGAUUGCCAAGCGAAAGCAGUCAUUCCAGUAGUUCCGAUUCCUUAUCUUCGCUUGCUUCGAAUUCGACGUUGGGCGACGGUGUAACAAGUGGCUCGUCGAGCGACGAGGAAUAUGUUUUAUCGGCAAAUCAAAAGCGUAGUUCAAAGAAACGCAGGCGUGUUAAAAAAUCGAAAAGAAGGAGGAGUAAAUGUGGCAGUUCCACAACAAAGCGAAGAAAAACAAGCAACAAUUAUGAUUCUAGCGAAGACGAAGAUGAUGACGAGGAUGACGAAGAUGAUGACAAUGGUCAUAUGGGAAAGAAUUUUGCCCUUGUCAUGGCCAUAAGUGAGCGAAUAAAAAGACAAAAGGAGAAACUAAAACAGUCCCGAGCAGCAAAUGAGGAAGAUGAGGACAACCAUAGCGAGGGAGAAAAUUCAUGGCGUUUGAAAGCGGUUAACGAGCCUUUGCGAAAACAGCAACAACAGAAUGCUAAAGAUGCUCACUCAAGUAGUGGACGUAAACGAAGGAUAAGGAAAACGUCGAGUAAAGCGUCGAACAACGAAAACGUCAAACAACCGAAACUCGAUCAGUGUGCAUCGCAACUAGAUGAUGAUAAAAAUGCAGCCGAAGAAUCUUUAUUUAAAAACUUUGAAAGUUCGAGUGAGAGUAGUGAAAGCGACAACCUGAAGCUGAUUGAGUUGAAAACAAAGUUAUCUAAAAAUUCUGCCAGUAACGAAAGCCUUGAAUCAAUACCGACAUCAUAUAACGAGCGUUUAAAUAACGAAAAUGUGAAUCAUGCUGCCGAUAGCAGGGAUGAUCAGCAAGAAGCUUGUAAUCAAACCGCAGACUCCAGUCCCAGAUUGCAGCAAACGCAAGAGAGUCCACAUACAACGCCCUGUGAUGAUAAUGCCGCCUCAAAUAUGCCCACCGUUGUGGUUUCUGCCCGUGAAAUGCAUACUUCGUCUGAUGAUGACAUCGACAUCAAUGCUGCUGGUCACAGUCAUGAAAAUGCAUGUAGUAGCAGUAAGACCACUACUCAGAAUAAUUCCGGGAACGUUAUUCAAGAAAAGAUUUCGCAAGAAUAUUUAGCGAAUCAAAAAACGCCAGGUACUUUCAAAGAUCAAAUAGGUGAUAUAAAGAAAGAAGUGAAGGAAGAAGAAAUCGAACAAGAAGAAGGAGAAGGAGAAGAAGAUAAAAUGCAUGUACAUCAGUCAGAGGCAAAUGAAGACAAUGAAUAUAGAGACUAA